AUGAAGAAGUCUGCCAUCGAACGGCUUCCCCAAGAGCUUCUCCUAUACAUCUUCCAGGCCGUCGUCCCGCCCAUUUACCAACACGACCCCUCGAUCGUCCACGGCCCGCACAGCCCAUGGAUGUCCGCGCUCCGGACCCGCAAGGCGCUUGCCCUCUCCUGCAAGGCCUUCUUCGGACCCGCGACCGAGGUCCUUUACCAAGACAUCGUCCUCCGGCGCAUGGGCCAGAUCCCCGCGCUUGCGCGGACCCUCGACCCUGCCCGGACACCCUCUGCGGACAACAUCGCAGCGCUCGUCCGCAGCAUCCGCAUGGACUCGUGCGUCGUCUGGGCGCCGUUCGCAGACGUCGUGCGCGAGGAGCUGCACCUCAUUCUGCGUCAUUGUGCUGCGCUGCGGGCGUUCUCCUUCCACCCGCACGUGAACUUCGCGUUCCGCGAGGGGCCGGACAGCGACUUGUUCGAUGCCUUCGACCCGACGUGGCUUUUCUCCCCGGACUGUAGCGAAGCCUCCCCCAGCGGACUGCUGUACGCUUCUCUCGCACACGGCCUCUCCGUGAUGGAUCUCUACAUGGAUCUAAGAAAAGAGGCCGACUUCCUCGCCUUCCACGCUCUUCUAGCUGGGGCGUCGCGCGUCACGAAGCUCAAGAUCAGGCUCAACGGACUCUGCGUGAUCGAACCCGAGCCCCUCCCCGGACCCGUACGACCGCUCCUGGCCCUCGAAGACUUCUACUACGACUGCCAGACGUACUGCGGCUGGUUCUUCCAAUACAUCAGCCACGCGUGGGACCUACCGCGGCUCCGCGCGCUCACCGUCAUCGACCAGAGCGCAGAAGCGGUAGACGAGUUCCUGCAUGCCCACGGCGCCGGCCUCACGUACCUCCACUGGCGCAACCAAUACCUCGAAAUCGCGCCGCCCUACUCGGAGCUCGCCGCGCUCGGCAGCAACUGCCCGCGCCUCGAGCACCUUGUCAUACAGCACUCGAUUCCCAACCGCCGCCGCCGCAUCCCGCCCCUCCCCACCGUGCGUUCCCCUACGCUGCGCUUCCUCGACGUGUGGACGUUAGAUGUCGACCCGCUCCGGCGGGACGCGCUCCCCGCGCUCAUAUCCCCGGACAGCGACACCCCAAGCCUCGAGCGCGUGCGCGUCCUGCUCACGCCCUUCACCGACUUCGACCAACACCCGCCCACGGUCGACUGGCCGCGACUCUGUCACCCGCUGGACACCGGGAGCGAAGAGCACAAGCCGUGGUGCCUCCCGGCAGCGCGUGUCGGCCCCACGGCGCGUGUUGCGUUCUUCGAGGACACACAGUGCGGCGGGUUGCAUGGGCAGCCCGGCCAUUGGCACGCUGAUCACGCGCUGGACGUGGAGCUGGAGCAGCUGGCGGUGGGCGAACUGCGCGAGCCGGACGAGGAAGAGGAUGUAACGUUCGUGUUGUCUGAUGAGUCCUUCGACCUCGACGGGACGGGCGCCGAUGAGGAGCUUGAGGGAGACGGAGACGAUAUAGACCUGCCUGGACGCGGGCCCGUCAUAGCAGGAAGUCGGGUUGAUCGCGAGGUAUUCCUUGCUAUGUUUCACGAGAACCAGCUCGCCCCGCCAUUUCUCUUUGAGGAUGGGGUGUAG